GUGAAAUAUACCUGUGAGGAGAUCGAAGCUGGAUAUGGGACACGCCAAUGUAUCUCAAGUUCUCCCUCCAACACUGAUAUCGUCCACGUUCGCUGUUACCAUCGGCUCCUACCAUGGCGUCUCGUGCCUGUUGGUCGAUCUAUCUGACAAUUGUAAUGUCUAUAGGAUCCAAAGUCAUAGCUUCUUUUAGCAAUGAAGGAACUGAAUUUUAUGUAGGAUUUAUGGACAAUGAUUAUGGUGAUGGUCGUGAUAUGUACCUUUACAUGACGACUGGGUCAAACACACCGGCAGAAGUCACCGUCACAGCUCCGAAACAAGAUGCCAAUUUUCGUAAAACAGCACAGGUAGCAAGGGGACAGAGUGUGAGAGUCUCCAUACCAGCGAACUUCAAAGCCACAGGCAGUCAGGUGGAAAACAAGUGUAUUCACGUCAUGUCUACCCAACCCAUUUCACUGUAUGGUCUGAAUCAGGAGCAGGGGUCUGGAGACGCGUUCACUGCGAUACCCGUGACUGGCCUUGGUUCAAGAUAUUCCGCCAUUACAUGGUCAAACCAAGGACAGAUUCUUGUGGUUUCCACUCAAGACCGUACCGAAGUUACAAUUAAGCUGCCAGGCAGACGCGGUAACACCGUUACCUUCAACGGUGUAACGCACACUAAUUAUGCCGAGUUCACAGUGACCAUGUCAAGGUACCAGACCCUUCACCUCCAGAGUGAUGAUCUCACCGCCACUCAGAUAGUGGCUAACAGCGCUAUUGCUGUGUUCUCUGGAAGCAAAAAGGUACAUAUUGAAGGCACUCUGACGUCCGAUCAUCUGGUUCAACAGUUGACUCCCUAUGAUGCUUGGGGCAAAGAGUUCAUAAUUUCUGCUCCACCUAAUUCACAGAAGUAUAAAAGGAAGAUUGUGUCCCAAGACAGACAUCCAAAUAUAGGUAGGGUAUACAUUUCCGGUGAGGCCGCUAGUGGUACAUUUGUGACCGAAUUCUACACCUUUGUCAGAGACUACAACAAUGAUGUUCUCAAACGCGUUUGGUCCGACUCUCCAAUUCAAGUCGCCUUGUUUACACAAUCCAUGGAUUCCUCCACAAAUAUGAUAGAUGCCUCCAUGAUCAUAGUUCCACCCGUCUACCAGUACAGAUCUAGGUAUACCUUCACCACAUUGGGACAAACAACUGCAGAAAUGUCCAGUCACAUGACAAUCUAUGUUGCGAGUGAUACAAUAAAUGCCGGCACACUGAGGAUGGAUGGCCAACCCUUGCCUUUGCCUUUUACUAGAGUAGCGUCAACUAAUUAUUAUGUGGGUUCGAUGCCAGUAUCACCUGGAGCUCAUGAAAUCUACAGCACUGAUCCCUUGGCAAACUUUUACAGUCUCAUAAGUGGAUUCCAUGCUAGUACAAAUGGUAACUACUAUGUUACUUACAGGGAUGUUACCUGCAGGGAUGAACGUAGCCAAAAAUACAUUGGAAAAAAAAUUGUAGCUGGAAACCAAGUUGAUGAAGACUGUGACGGAAGAGUAGAUGAGGAAAUCAAAAAUAAUAUCGACGGUAAGUUUCACGUCUUGUUGAGGUAA